UUAAAAUACCUUUUGAUAUUUUGUUAGGCUAAUGCAAUGCCAUUCAAACAUUUGAAGUGUCUAUACACUUUCUGUGCCAUUUGACUAUGUUUGAGUCCAAUGAGACUCUGAAUGUACAGUAUAGUAAAGCUGUCGCCUGGGUUACUUAAUGAGCCCUGUCCGCUCACAACCCCGCUGUGUAGCUCGUCUCUUUCAUGCAAAUGCUUAAACAUUGCUCCUGUUUUCAUUUUUCUCCCCCUCCUCUUCCCCUCAGCGCUAAUUUUUUCAAGCCCACAAUGAAGUUCUUGUGCGCCACUGUCUGAGAGAAGCCGCAGAAAUGCCUUGGCGCAGGGGCUGGAGACGUCAUGGAUUCCUGAGUGCGCGCUCUGCAGGAAAGCCCUGCGCUCUGAGAUGGAAUCGCUCCAGGUUUCCAUGGCAGAGCGCACAAACAGGAGGAAACACUGAGGGAAUCCCGUUAUUUUACAGCAUUGGCCCAUUAUAUACACCCAGAGCUGGGGAAGGAAGCCGCUCUUGAUACUCAAGUCAAUCCUCAGAGCAGGCAAAGGAGUUCAUACCACACAGAGCUCACACCACUCUUUUUUUGCACUUAUAACGGAGUAUUUGCUUUUUCAUUCUCAGCUUUCUCCAUCCAGAUUUUUUUUUUCUGCUAUGAACUGUACAGAAAGGCUAUUUCUGGACUGUUGAAUUCAUUUUUUAUUUUUUGUAUAUUUUCCAAAUGUUUAGAGAGUCUUGGAGACUGAUGCACUUCCACAGCAUGAGGUCGAUGGAUCAAGAUGAGCAAAGCAUCUCCUUGCACAAAAACCUCAUCUCUCAUCCCAGCCUCUCCUAUCCUGUGGAGGAAGCUCAACCGUACGGCAUCAAGCAGUGUACGGCUUCCUUCGCCGAACUCAACGAAGGAUUCUCUGGCUAUGAGCAACUGGAGCCGAAGAGCUUCCUGGAGAACGCCAGACCCAACAGCCAAGCGCUGAGCCCCCGGAUCGAGAUCACGCCCUCCAGUGAGCACUAUAGUCAUGGUCGAGACUCGCUCCAGAACCAUCUGUUGAACAUCAGCCCCAGUCCCGGUCUCACCGUGCCUGGUCACGACCCUUUGGCCUACCGGGAGCCGCAGUGCCUGAGUCCCGCCAGCAGCAACUCAUCCACCUCCUGGCAUUCGGAGAACUACUCGCCUUGGGCUUCCCCUUGCGUUUCGCCCAGCAAUAGCCAAGCAGCUGGAGAACUCUGCCCGCGACUCCAGGGCAUCCACACGGGUUCCCCUCGAACCAGUCCGGGUACUUCUCCGCAAACCAGCCUGGCCGAGGACGGCUGCGUGGGGCCGCGUUCUCCUUCGCCCCGGCCCGGUUCGCGUUCCACCUCUCCUCUAUGCAAACGCACCUACGACAUGUACAGAAACCUGGUGCCGGUGGCCCGUUCGCGCAGCCCGUCGCCCCACGGUGGCCACGAAGAGCAUCACACCCCCCAGUAUGGCUCCAAUAACAUCUCAGGGGUCAUGAAUGGGUUCGGCAUCGCCCAAGCUAGUUCCAUUCCUACCAAAAUCGUGAAGACCAACCAGCAGGCCUACCCGCUUUACCCAGAGAACCACACUGAGAGUUACCUGGUGUCAUGUGACCAGGAUGUGAAGACCAAACCUGGCCCUGAACCGUUCUUCGUAAUCCCUCAAAUCUGGCCUAAACAGCUGGUGCCUGGAAUAUGCAGCAUCCCCGUGGCUUCCUUGCCCCCGCUGGAGUGGCCUCUGCCCAGCCGCACUGAUCAGUACGAGCUCCACAUCGAGGUGCAGCCCAAACCGCACCACAGGGCUCACUAUGAAACCGAGGGCAGCCGCGGGGCAGUCAAAGCCCCUACCGGAGGUCACCCAGUGGUCCAGUUGCGUGGAUACAGGGGCAAGGAGCCGCUGGGUUUACAGAUCUUCAUUGGCACGGCAGACGAGCGAAUCCUGAAGCCUCACGCUUUCUAUCAGGUCCAUCGCAUUACCGGCAAAACCGUCACCACCACCAGCUACGAGAAGAUCAUCAGCAGCACCAAAGUCCUAGAGAUUCCUCUUGAGCCAAAGAAUAAUAUGAAAGCAAUAAUUGAUUGCGCCGGGAUUCUCAAGCUUCGCAAUGCCGACAUCGAGCUGCGAAAAGGGGAGACGGACAUUGGGCGGAAAAACACGCGUGUUCGACUGGUAUUCCGUGUUCAUAUUCCCCAGCCAGGAGGCCAACACGUGUCUCUGCAAGCUGCGUCGCAUCCCAUCGAAUGCUCCCAGAGAUCUGCCCACGAGCUGCCCAUGGUAGAAAAGCAGGACAUGGAUGCCUGUUCGGUUCUCGGAGGCCAGCAGAUGAUUCUCACCGGCCAGAACUUCAGCGCAGAUUCAAAGGUGAUCUUCAUGGAGAAGACUCACGAUGGACAGCAAAUUUGGGAAUUGGAAGCCACAGUUGACAAAGACAAAAGCCAGGCAAGCAUGCUGUUCAUUGAAGUGCCUCCGUAUAGAGACCCAUCCAUUUGCCAUCCUGCCAAAGUCAACUUCUACGUAAUAAAUGGGAAACGGAAGCGCAGUCAACCUCAGCAUUUCACCUACAUGCCACUACCAGUUCCCUCUAUUAAGAAAGAGCCAGUGGAUGAAUAUGAAUCUGGUCGGAUGGGUUAUUCCAUGUCACAAAUGCUGGGGGUGUCUCCACAGCCAUACUAUAACCCUCGCGGGGUCAUCCCCCCAGAGAGUGGCCUGGUGCCUGGGCUCGUCCCCUGUCAGCAGACCCGCCUGGGUGUCUCCCCUCCAGACCACCGAUUUCAGCAGCAGAGCCCAGCCAUAAUGUACUCCCGUCCUGGAAAGAGCUUGUCAAGCAGUCCUAUUUACUCUCAGACGGGAGCCACUAUGAUUCCAGACUCCCAUCGAUCAGUUCUGGUCCACACGGGUUCCCCAGCCCAGUCCUCUCAUCUGGCUGGCCAGCAUCCUUCCAAUCAGCAUCCCUCAAUCAUCCAGUUCUCUCCCACCAACCACCACUUGCUCAGAGGUGGAGAUCCUCCUGCGCCACCACCUCCAGAACAUCAACACAUCAUUUAUUGUGAGGGCUACAAUCAGCAUGGUCCUCAAGCCACAGGGGCAAAUCGUUCCCCAGCACCAGCCCAGGCACCUCAGCACCCUCAGAAUUACCCAACAGUCAUCCAACAACAGCCCUUCCUCCAGAGAGUGGCCAAAGACAGGUCACCACCUGUCCAAGUAGAGCCCCAGAGAUGUUCCUCAACAGAAGAACAGAGAACCAGCGUUCCUGGACGAGUCACUGUCAAGCAGGAGAACUUGGACCAGGCCUACCUUGAUGAUGUGAAUGAGAUCAUAAGGAAGGAUCUGACAGGAGUGCCUGGCAGGGGUCAGACAUAGAGGAAACCCCUGAUCGGGAAGCACGCAGGACCCCUGGAGUGUUCGCUAUGCCCCUGUGUAUCACCGUUCCCCUGCCUUCAGCGCCACACGUGAGAGCAGCAGCAGUGAAGCCUUGGCCCGGUCAAGUGUCACCCCUGACAAAAACUGGAUCAUGGACCACGUUUAACCAAACAUCCAUCUCAGUUAACUCCAGGAACAGCAGCGUCUUGAUGUGCAAAUGGUAUUGAAUUCCCCUGCUAUUAUUUGAUUUUUGAAAACUCGUCCAAUGUUGAUCUCAUAUGUCAACGUUGUCAGAGACUCAAGCCUUCAUAAACAGUUUGGAUUGGACAGUUGGAGUCAAGUCAAUUUUUUUCCUUUUUGUGGGACUUUUAUUCCAUAGCCUUUUGACUCACAUAAAUGAACUCACUCAGAUUAGUGUAUUUCAAGCAAUAACCUCAUCAUCUGUGAGAGUAAACCAUUACUGUCUAAAAUAUUCCCCAAAACAAGAGGUUUGCACAUACUUCUGAAUGCAAAGUGGAUAAAUAUAUCACACCACUGCUAAUGUUUGAUAUAUGUGACCCUGGAGCACAAAACCAGUCUAUAUAAUUCCAUAUAUA